AUGAUCAUGCCGACAGAAGCCCCAUAUCUCGACAUCAGUCGUCGCAAGGUGGCAGAGAGAGACAGCAAAAUCCCUGCGGAGUGGAGGAUAUCGAUGCCGGAGGACGAUGACAAUCUGCUGCAACUGCCACGGACAUGCUCCCUGUUAUCGGAGCGAGAGUUGGAUAUCACGGAAAAGUACGACUCGGUAGCCUUGUUGGAGAAGAUCCAUGCACGGGAGUACAGCAGUGUUGAAGUGACGAGGGCAUUUUGUAAAAGAGCAGCCAUCGCGCAACAGGCCUUGAACUGUCUGACGGAGAUCUUCUUCGACCAAGCCCUUGAGCGCGCGGCGUUUCUUGACGACUACAUCAAUCGGACAGGAAAGCCCCUGGGUCCCCUGCACGGCCUGCCGAUAGCGCUCAAAGACAGCAUCAAUGUAGCGGGCAUUGAUUCGACCAUUGGCAUGGCCGCGUUCGCGUUCAAACCGGUCAAGCGAAACUCGGUCAUCGUCGACAUGCUCUUGUCACUGGGGGCGGUCAUGUACGUGAAGACCAAUGUCCCGCAGUCCAUGAUGACGCCCGAUACAGAGAAUUUCGUCUUCGGGCAAUCUCGAAAUGCCAGAUCCAAGUACCUGACAGCUGCCGGAAGCUCUGGUGGGUUGGGCGCUUUGCUUGGCAUUCGAGGAGCCUUGAUGGGGAUAGGGACUGAUGUUGGAGGGUCAGUGAGAAUCCCCGCUUACUGCAAUGGAGUCUAUGCGGUCAAGCCAUCUUCAGGUCGCCUCCCGUACCAUGGGCUUCAAGGGUAUUUGACCGAAGGAGCUGAAACAGUCGCUAUUCUCUGCGUCAACGGCGUCCUCGCCGUCUCAAUGAGAGACUGUGAGCUUCUGCUCCGCGCAGUAUCGGAUGCAGAGCCCUGGCUUUACGAUCCCGGGUGUGGCUAUUUGCCAUGGGACUCACAAUCUCUGCCGCAACGACCCUUGGUGUUUGGUGUCAUCUGGGAAGAUCAUGAAACAACUCCUCUGCCACCCCUGCUUCGGGUUCUCAGAGAGACCUGCGCCAAGCUCCGAGCCGCCGGUCACGAAAUCGUCGAUAUGGAGUUCUACAAGUGCGCCGAACUUGCCCAGAACGCGGUUGGGAACUUCAAACUCGAAGGUGGAAAGGCUCUCGAUGCCGCCCGCAAUCUCACGGGGGAGCCAUACACGGAAUCGGUCAAGCAGGGUGGCCUGUAUCCGUGCGAAGAAGGGACCCUGGCCAAUCUGUUCGCGUUGAGUGCUGAGAGGCUCCAACUCCAGACCGACUGGCUUCAAUAUUGGGCAUCCACGGCCAAACGAACUCGUUCAGGCCAGCCAGUGGAUGUCAUUCUCUGCCCGCCGCAGAGCUGUCUGCCCCGGCCGCACGACACUCUGAUCCGCAGUCACUUUUCGCGCAUCUGGAACGUGCUGGACUAUCCCGCUGCCAUUGUACAGUGUGGUGCCGUGGAUCUGACGAAAGACGACGUUGAACUGCCUCCACCACGUGGUCCCAUGGAUGAAAGGGUGCAAUCUAUAUACACGAAAGAGAAGCGCCAGCGGUAUGAAGGGUUCCCUAUCGGGUUGCAGGUUGUUGGACAACGCCAAAUGGAAGCCAAACUGGUCAAAGUGGCUCUCCUUGUCGACGAACUCGCCCGGUAA